UUUGCCUCUACAGAUGGAACUCAUACUUCUGCAGGCUCUGAUAAUGAAAAUAUAGACUGUCCACCUUUGCCUGCUCCACAACAACCUAAUUACAUCAAUAAUAGGUUUCGGGGCCAAGGGAAACAACAGGGAAGACAGCAGAAUGGCUACAAUCAACAAAACACCUUUAAACAAUGGUUUUGCUGAGGCAUAUCCGUUUCUCUGGUGUGUUUGAGAGUCUUGUUAUAAAUGAAACUGGCGGAUCUCGGGAGUGGCAGCGGUAUCAAAUGCAUCACCUUAGUGCCUUAGGAAUUUCUACCUUCAUGACCCAAGAAAAACAGUCACUAAAAGACUUAUUUACUCUGUUUUCCCCAGAGGGUGGUGAUUCAAAGGUGACUCUAUGAGAACGAGCAGCAUUGAGCACAACACCGGAGACUGUGGAUAUGAAGACUGUACAGGCGUUCAAGCAGCUUCAUGAUUCGUCUACUUUGAAGCUUCCAGAAUACUGUCUAGCUUGCAGAGACAGAGGGAAAGAACAGAUUUUGCGUAGCUACCAGAUCAGUUUUCAAGAGUCCAUUUUGCUUUGUGAAAACCCACAGUGCAUUUUUCCAUUGGGAUAUGCACCUUUAUCUGCUACUCUUACUCCUGUUGUCCAGACAGGAAGCAGUAAAUUCCAAAGCUGUGGAAUAAAAAGAAAGUCAUGGAAAAAUAGUCCUGUUUCACCAGUGAAAAACACUUUAAAACGCUGUAGAAGAAGUAGCAGUCAAGCUAGGACUGAGCAGUUGUUAUCGAAUACUACUUUGGGCCAGUUGUCAUCGAAUACUACUUUGGGCCUUGGCACCGAACAGUCAUCAAGCUCUGCUUUGAUUCCUGCUUCUGAACGGUUAUGGAGUACUGCUUCUGAUCUUUGUCCUGAAAAAUCAUGGAGUACUAACUUAAAUGUUGUUCCUGGAUAUGAUGGAGAUUCUCGCAAUCCUUGCUUGCCACCUGGCAGUAAUGUAUCAGACCAAACUGACCCAAAUGUGGCCAUUUGUAGGCCAGGUGAUGACUUUUCCAGAACUGUUGAUUGUGGCUCUGUUGUCGUGUCCGACAUGGCCUGUGAAAAAUACAGCACUGAUAACAAAUUGCACUUUGAAGACCAUCAACUUGAAGAAGUCCCACCAGUUAAGACUAGUUCUGCAGUUGUACAUAGAACUUCCACAGAUAGAUGCGUUCGUAUGCCAUUGUAUAUUCAAUGGAAAAACAAGUAUGCUUUAUGUUGGCUGGACUGCAUUUUGGUGGCUUUAGUACUAUCCAGGAAGAUUAAUGAAUAUAUUACUAAAAGAAGCCCAGAGGAUCACUCCCUCAUUUGGAAAUUAGUCACAGAGUAUAACAGUGCAAAUGAUUUGUUGAAAAGCUGCCAAAAAGGAGUGAAAGAUAAAAUUCCACUGGUUCCUGUUGAUAUUCUGGAAGAAGCCGAAUCCCAUCUCUCUAGCAUUAGAGAGAACAUUUAUAAUGUUCUUCAGCCAAAACUGAAGUGUACAUUAGGGAAAUAUGAAAGCCCUGUUUUUGCUCUUCCACUUAUUUUGAAAGAAGAUCCACAGAUAGAGAAACUUUUUUUGCACUUUUAUACAUGGAAGUUUGAAUGUUCAGACUGUGGGUACAACUACAAUGACAGAUGCAGCAAGACACUGACAUCCUUUACGACAGUGACUCCUGACUGGCAUCCAUUAAAUGCUGUUCAUGUUUCCCCAUGCAAUAACUGCCACAACAAAUACCAGAGGAGGACAAUGAAUUUGAACAAUGUAUCAUCUAUAUUUAUGCUUCACUUUGUGGAGGGCCUUCCUCGAGAUGACUUGAAGUUCUACUCAUUCUGCUUUGAAGAUGGCUAUUAUGAGAUCACUACUGUGAUUCAGUAUCAUGCACGCAGGAAACAUUUUGCCACCUGGGUCUCGAGUCCAGAUGGUACGUGGCUGGAAUUUGAUGACCUAAAAGGUCCAGAUUGUUUCAAGCAUGAUUUAUUUAAAGUUCCUACUGAAGAAAUUCAUAUAGUUAUCUGGGAGAGGAGCAGUUUUGCUGGAGUAAAUUCUUCACCCAUCACAGAACAUGCAAGCACACUUUCUUUAACUGCAUUGCCAGUGUCUUGUUCUAAUUUGCCUCGCAAUGAAGGAAAAACUGUAGUACCUGGAUCCCAGAAAACAUUCAGUACAUUUCAGAUGCCGUUAGUAAGUUCAGGCAGUGCUGUCCAGGAGAAUAAAUGCAAUAGCUUGCUGUCUGGUUUGGAAGGCUUGGCAGAUGAUGCAGUUGUAACACUGACCCUUGUGGAGAUAAAGGUAGACUCUGAUGGUAAACCACUGGGUAAUGAGCAAACACUACAAAAAGAGAAUACUGACAUGAGUUCAGUGUGUGGAAAAGAUUUCUCUUUGCCAGCUGAUUCAGUGCGUCAGCCUGAAAAUACAUCGGUUCCAGGAGAGAGUGCUGAAAAACAUGCAGUUACAGUAAAGCAACAAGGGAAGUUACCAAGAAAUCAGAAAUGUUCCCAGGUGCAGAAUAAGCAGACAUCACUCCAUGCAGUGGGAACAAGUGUUUCAGCACCGUCUAGUGUUACAUUUCCUUCUGCAAUUAGUCAGCAUCAUAGUGCAGCUUCUCAUUCAGUGGAGAAAGACAAGAAAAAGGGGUUUGGAACAACAUUGAUGAAGAGUUUGUUGAGUAGGCAUCCUUCUUUUGUGCCUUCUAGCUCAGUGUCUUUGAAACACAAUAAAACUGAUGUAGGUAGUUUGCGUUUUAUAGAGGUGGACACUCAUCCUUUUAAAGAAGCAAAAACCUUUGUAGGUUUUGAGCCCAAGGGCAUCAGAAAGAAAAGUGAAGCAAAAAGAGAAGAACCUCUUUCUAGAAAGCCUGUGAGCUCUGCAGCUGCUCCAGCGCCCAGAGAUCCUUUUCCAAAUGUUAAUCCUGGGACAUCAGAGAAUGAGGUUCCUGUUGUUAAAACUGGAGGUGGGCUUCUAACUAACGUGACUGUGCCAGCUACUUCUGACUGUAGUUUACACCCAUUGUCUAAGCAUAAUAAAAGUGAGACAAGCAGACUAGGAGAUGAAAAUGGAGACCUUGAUGCAAAAACUCACAAACUUCGUCUUAAACUAAUGAAAAAACUUAAAGCAAAAAAAGAGCGCUUGGCAUCGCUUGAUCAUGCAGAAAAUCUGCAGCAGGAAGAGGUAGACUUUACAGAUGGACUAGGUAGUUAUUUGCGAACAGCUGAAAAUGAACAUGCAGAGCUGCAAGGAAUACUUAGAGAUCUGCAAAAUGAGAUCGAUAUUGCAGAUAUUGAAUCUAUUUGCACAAUGAGCUCCACUGCUUCCAUUAGCAGUAGUUCCAGUGAUGCAGAAUUCUUUGCAGAACUGUUUUCACCUGCUACCAUGUGUGUUUCUCCUGAUGUUUUAAGUGGGAAACAAAGUAACGUAAAGUUCACACAGUCUGCAGACUCUAACAGUAGCAUUAAUCCUGCUAAUUGUUGGGGUGCAACUACAGGAAGUGAUAUGUACAAUCCUUCGAAUGGGGCACAUUCUUUCUCUUCAGCCCAGACCUCAUAUCUGUCAUACUCUGAAACAAAGGAGGAUUUAAUUUCUGACCUUUUGUCAGGUUCAACACUGAGUACAUUCCCGGAAGACCUGCCUCAUUUUGAUGAAAAUCUUUUUGAACAUGGCUAUUUGUAGAAGUCACACACAUUUUUUGCAGUUUUUUUUUUUCUGUUCAGCACUGUGUGUGUGUUUUGCAACAGGAGCAUUGUUUGUAAAAUGUUUUUU